AUGGUCCUAUCAACUAUCAUAGCUAAUUGUGUUGUUUUAGCAAUGGAAGUUCAUUUGCCAAAUAAAGAUAAACGUCCAUUAUCUGAAAAAUUAGAAAUCACUGAAAACUACUUUUUGGGAAUUUUCACCUGUGAAGCUUUCUUGAAAAUUAUUGCAUUAGGAUUUAUUCUACACAAUGGAUCUUAUUUAAGAAAUAUAUGGAAUAUUUUAGAUUUCGUUGUUGUAGUCACUGGAUUUCUUACAAUGUUCAUGACAAGUGGAAGUGGAGUGAAUUUACGAACACUUCGAGCUGUACGUGUACUACGUCCUCUCAAACUAGUAUCAGGUGUACCAAGUCUUCAAGUAGUUUUAACGUCGAUUAUCAAAGCAAUGGCACCAUUAUUACAAAUUGGAAUAUUAGUAUUAUUUGCUAUAUUAAUAUUUGCAAUUGUUGGAUUAGAAUUUUACUCUGGCGUCUUUCAUGUAACAUGCUUUGAACAAAAUAAUCCAACGGAAUUGCCAAGUUUCAUACCAGAUGCACCUGGUUUAGUACCAUGUCAACCGGUGGAUACGCAUACACGACCACCAGGAGCAUUUGUUUGUCCAAGUGGUUAUAUAUGUAAAGGUUAUUGGGAGGGACCAAAUUAUGGCAUAACAAGUUUCGAUAAUAUUGGUUAUGCAAUGUUAACAGUAUUCCAGUGUAUUACAAUGGAAGGAUGGACAGAUGUACUAUAUAUGACGAAUCGAACAUAUGGGUCACGUUUCAACUGGAUUUAUUUCAUACCUUUAAUUGUAAUUGGAGCAUUUCUAUUGAUCAAUUUAGUACUUGGUGUUUUAAGUGGUGAGUUUGCUAAAGAACGUGAACGUGUGGAAAAAAGACGUGCUUUUUUGAAAUUACGCAGGCAACAACAAUCUGAUCGUGAAUUAAACGGUUAUCUAGAUUGGAUACAACGAGCCGAGGAAGUUAUUUUAGCUGAAGAACAAACUUCAUUUGCACAACGAUUAAAAAUUAUCAAAGCUAGAAAAAGAGCGGAAAAGGUACGAAGAAGAUCAAACGAUGCUGAGAAACGUGCUAUAGCUGCUGAAUUGGAAAGUUGUGAGGCUGAAUUAAAAGCUAAACGAAAAUUUAAAAUACCCGGAACUGAAGCUUUAUUUCAAUAUCAUAAACGAUUUCGAUUUGCAGUUCGUCGUCUUAUAAAAUCACAAAAAUUUUAUAUUAUUGUGAUUACCCUAGUAUUGCUAAAUGCAUUAUGCGUUUCUGUAGAAUUCUAUGGUCAACCAGGAUGGCUUACAGAUUUUUUAUAUUUUUCAGAAUUCAUUUUUCUUGGUCUUUUUCUAUUUGAAAUGAUCAUAAAAAUCUAUGGAUUGGGUUGUUUGAUUUAUUUUCACUCAACAUUCAAUAUAUUCGACUUUGCUGUUGUUUUUGCUAGUUUAUUCGAAAUUGUAUGGCAGAUUUUUUAUCCAUCUGAUUCAUUUGGAUUUUCUGCUUUACGUAGUAUACGUUUAUUGAGAAUAUUCAAAAUUACAAGAUAUUGGGCAUCAUUACGUAAUUUGGUAUUAUCUUUAUUAAAUGCUAUGAGAAGUAUACUCAGUCUUCUAUUUCUACUUUUCUUAUUUAUGUUAAUAUUUGCUUUACUUGGAAUGCAAUUAUUUGGUGGAGAGUUUAAUUUUGAUGAUGGCAAACCAGGCCAAAAUUUUGAUACAUUUGUAAAAGCCUUAUUAACUGUAUUUCAAAUCUUAACUGGUGAAGAUUGGAAUAUGAUUAUGUACGAUGGUAUACGUUCUCAAGGUGGUGUAAAUAAUGGAGGAUUUGUAUAUUGUAUUUAUUUUGUAUUAUUAGUAUUGUUUGGCAACUAUACUUUGUUAAAUGUGUUUUUAGCUAUUGCUGUAGAUAAUUUAGCUAAUGCACAAGAAUUGACGGCAGCUGAAGAAGAGGAACAACGUUUAGCGGAUGAGUUAGCGGAACAACAAGAAGAUAAGGAAAAUCUAAAAAUCAAUUUAAAUCAACCACAAACUAUUGAAAUAAAUCAAAUCAAUGAAAGAAAAUAUUCCGGAUUAGAAGAAUUCGGAAAAUCUGUUACAGCACAAAUGGGAAAUAAAUAUUGUGAUAACUAUAGUACAAUGCAAAAAUUUCAAACAGAUAUUGAACUAGGUAGAGAGCAAGAAACACAAGCAAAUCAAGAGUCUCAAACACAACAUCAAUUAUAUGGCAAGCCGAUGCUUCCUUAUAGUUCAAUGUUUAUAUUUUCUUCAACAAAUCCUGUUCGUCGAUUUUGUCAUUUUGUAGUGAAUCUACGCUAUUUUGAUUUAUUCAUAAUGAUUGUUAUUGUAUCAAGUAGUCUUGCAUUAGCUGCUGAAGAUCCAGUCAGUGAAAAUAGUACACGAAAUUGUUUAUUAGAAUAUUUCGAUCACGCUUUUACAUGUGUAUUCGCUAUUGAAAUGUUAUUGAAGUUAAUUGAUCUCGGGGUAUUUCUACACCCAUAUUCUUAUUGUCGUGAUACGUGGAAUUUAUUGGAUGCUGCUGUAGUGAUCGGUGCGUUAAUAUCAUUUUUUCGUGCUUAUACUUUGAAAGGUAGAGCUGGACAUGGAAGUAGUAAAAAUUUGAGUACAAUAAAGUCGUUACGUGUACUUCGAGUGUUAAGACCAUUAAAAACCAUUCGCAGAGUACCGAAAUUAAAAGCGGUAUUCGAUUGUGUAGUUAGUUCAUUGAAAAAUGUUUGCAUUAUUCUUGUUGUAUAUAUAUUAUUUCAAUUUAUAUUCUCUAUUGUGGCAGUUCAAUUAUUUCAGGGGAAAUUUUUCUAUUGUAAUGAUUUAUCAAAACUUACAAAAGAAGAUUGUCAAGGUUAUUUCUUUUCAUAUGAUGAUGGUCUAGUACCUGUUGUGAAAGCUCGAGUAUGGAGUUCACGUGAUUUUCAUUAUGAUAAUGUGAUCACAGCUAUGCUAACAUUAUUCACAGUGACAACUGGUGAAGGAUGGCCUGGAGUUUUAAAGAAUUCAAUGGAUGCUACAGAGGUGAAUCAUGGCCCAGUUGAAGAUCAUAGUCAACAAAUGGCAAUUUUCUAUAUCAUAUUUUUCAUUGUAUUCCCAUUCUUUUUUGUCAAUAUUUUUGUAGCUUUAAUUAUUAUAACAUUUCAAGAACAAGGUGAAAAUGAAUUAGUUGAUCAUGAAUUGGAUAAAAAUCAAAAACAAUGUAUUGAAUUUGCAAUUAAUUCAAAACCUUUAUGUAGAUAUAUGCCUAGUAAUAUUGCAUCAACAAAAUAUCGAAUAUGGAGAUUAGUUGUAUCUAGUCCAUUUGAAUAUUAUAUUAUGACAAUGAUUGCAUUAAAUACUUUAAUUUUAAUGAUGAAAUAUUAUCGACCAGAUUAUACAGAUGCUAAUAUGGGCAUUCCUGACUGGGAAACACAAAAAUAUCAAAGUUAUUGUAGUACACUAGUUUAUUUGAAUACAGCAUUUACUGCGAUGUUUACAAUGGAAUGUUUAUUAAAAUUAAUUGCAUUUGGACCAAAAAGUUAUUUUCGUGAUUCAUGGAAUACGUUUGAUUUUAUUACGGUAGUUGGUAGCAUAACCGAUGUACUUGUUUCUGAGCUACAGGAUUCAUCAUUUCUUAACUUGGGGUUUUUACGACUAUUUCGUGCAGCUCGUUUAAUCAAAUUAAUUAGACAAGGUUAUACAAUCAGAAUACUAUUAUGGACAUUUAUUCAAUCAUUUAAAGCACUACCCUAUGUUUGCCUACUUAUUACUAUGUUAUUCUUUAUUUAUGCUGUAGUAGGAAUGCAAAUAUUUGGUACGAUAGCUAUUAAUGAAGCUGAAGGACAAAUUACAAAUUACAAUAAUUUUCAUAGUUUCCCGUAUGCAGUUCUGUUAUUAUUUCGUUGUGCUACUGGUGAAUCAUGGCAAGAAAUAAUGCUUGCUUGUACCUAUGGACAAGAAUGUGUUAAUCGUGCAUCAAACAAUUGUGGAAGCAAUGCAUCUUAUACUUAUUUUGUAUCAUUUAAUUUCUUUUGCUCGUUUCUUAUGCUCAAUUUAUUUGUUGCUGUAAUUAUGGAUAACUUUGAUUAUUUAACAAGAGAUUCAUCUAUACUGGGAUCACAUCAUUUAGAUGAAUUCAUACGUGUAUGGGCUGAAUAUGAUCCAGGUGCAAAGGGAAGAAUACAUUACACAGAAAUGUAUGAAAUGCUAAGAAAAUUAGAACCUCCAGUUGGAUUUGGUCAGAAUUGUCCAUACAGAUUAGCGUAUAAGAAACUAAUUCGUAUGAAUAUGCCAUUAGAUAGUGCAGGAACUGUACAUUUCACAACAACACUAUUUGCUUUAGUUCGAGAAUCAUUAGGUAUUAAAAUGGCUCCAGCUGAAUUUAUGGAUAUUAAAGAUGCUGAAUUACGUGAAACCAUUAAAACAUUAUGGCCGGUACAAGCGAAACGAUCAUUAGACUUAUUGUUACCACCAGAUUCAGAAUAUACAUUUACCCGUCUUACUGUUGGGAAAAUCUAUGCUGGAUUAUUGAUUUAUGAAAAUUGGCAAAUGAAUAAAUCCACUGGCAAUAAAAAGAAUUUACAUCAAUUGAAUACUAAACCUAUACUUGAAGCAUGCUUAACUCAAAUGUUAGGACAUGAUCCAUUUCAUCUUGCAAAUCGUCUACCAAACUGUAGUAAAGAACAUUCACGUUAUGGUAGUAAAGUGGAUCUUAGAUCCAUUAAUAAUAUGGAAAUAGAUCAUAUUCCUUUAGAAAAUUACAAAGAGCAAACAUUGAAAUAUAAACAGCACGAAAAAGAACUUGUGGAGAAGUUAAAUCAAAUUAAACAAGAACAGUUAAAUAAUAAUAAUAACAAAUAUAUGAGGGAAAUAUCGAAAACCACUAGCGAAAUGGCUAGAACUACUAAUACUGUCAAUAAUGAUAAUAUCAAUAAUAAUACCAGACAAAUCUUUCCAAUUAUUAUCACAUCACCUGAAGAAGAGAAAUAUGAUAAGACAUCUCCCAUUGAACAAGAAUAUAUUCAUAAAAAUUUAGGUAUUAUUAAUGCAGUUAAUAAUAUUAAUGACGACGACGACGAUGAUGAUGAUGAGAGAGAUGAUGUACAAAAUGUAGAUAAUUAUCUAUCACGAAAAUCAAUUCAUUCUUUCUCGACUACAACUAGUACAGAUUAUACAUAUUAUCCUAAUGCACACUCAAAUUACAACCAAAAACCACAAAAUACAUCACAAGAUCAAUAUAACUCUCAUAUGAAUAAAAUUAAAGUAUACACAAAUAUGCCAGAUGCAGCAAUCAGUCAACAUAAUAACGAUAAUAAUUAUUAUAAUCAUAAGAAUAAAGUUUCUGAUGCAAAUCAAAGGUUAACAUUUUAUCCUCAUCCCCCGGAAACAGAUAAUCAAUAUUUAGCACCAAAUCAUAUGUAUGAUAAACUUUAUAAACUCAAUGAAGACUUUUCAGAUAAAAGUAGGAGAGAAACAGAAGAAAGAAAAAGGGGAGGAUUUUAUAGAAAAUGUACAUACAAUACAUAUCAGCAACGUACAAAUCAGGCACAUUUAAAUUUCGCAGACGCAGUUCAUACGUUGGUAAAACAAGCCAAUGUUAUGGCCAAAAGAAAUAGAAUCAACAAAUACUUACGAAAAAGUGCAAAAGAUGUUGACUGGGAUACACUUUCAUUUCAUAGAGUUAAUAUGAGUCCAAGAUCAUUUGAUCGCAAUACACGAUAUUAUGGCAACAGUAUAUCAAGUCAUCAUAAACGCAAAAGAGUUUUGUAUGAUGAAAACCAUAAUGGCUAUAAAAGCUUUUACUUAAAUUUGCCAAAUAAUUACCCAUCAGUUUUGUAUGACAUGCCACAGUGUAGUUCAACAAGAGAUGAUGAAACAGAUGAAAAUAAUUCAUUUAACGAAGGAUUUCGUAUAAUUGAUUUAGAACAUCAUCAAGAUAGUCCAACAGUUUAUGAUGAAGCAUAUGAUCAAUCCUAUGCAACGCAAAUCGAAAGAUCUGCAUCAAUUCAUGAAAUACGUCAAAAAAGUGAAAAUAAGACUAACAAUGAAUACAUUAUACAAAAACCCCAAAAUGCAUUAUAUCAUUCAUUAAACAUGAUUCCAUGUGAAUCCGAAAUAAAAUCUUAUAUUCAAAGUGAACGAGAUUUAAAUCUUGCCACUAGCGAUCUGAAUCAUAUCAAUCCGUCCAAUAGAUCAGACCAAAUGAUCGAAAUGAAGGAAAGUGAAAUUCAAUUUCCUCGUUUACUUAAAUCGCCAACAACCAGUGAUGAUUUUGACUCAAUAUACUACCCUAUAAAACAUCACAGAACAGGUUCUCUAACUUUUUACUCAUGUCCACCACAUGAAACCGAUUCUCACUGUUCCAUGGAUCCAAGUGCUAGUGCUUUUGUUAAGCAUUCAUAAUAAAAGUACAAUAUGUAUAAAAAAUCUAUU